ACGUUCUUUGUCUCCUUUUCUAUUUCCUCACAAUUUACAUUUCUUUAUUCCCAAAACACCCCUUUGCUUUCUUCUAUGGACAUGGAAUCGUUGAGUGGCAAGAAGCGACUCCGUUCUGACUCGGACGGUUCGGUUCUGGACUCAGUCGAGGCCAAGCGCAUCCUUCUCGACAUUCUCGAUGACUCCGAUGUGUGCACGGUGACUCAGGAUCUUGAUUUGUUCAUGAAGAGCUUUCAAGACGAGAUAUCACCGGUGCCGGAGGUUGUUGCCGAAAUGACCUCCGAGUCACGGCCGGAACUCGGAUUUCUUUUCGAGGCAUCGGAUGACGAACUCGGACUUCCUCCAACGGAUACUGAUACCACACUAACCGCAUCGGAAAAGACGAGAGUUUUGGCUGAGUCGGUUGAAAUCAGCGAGUUAUGGGGGUUAGAUGAUCAGAUCUCGAGCUACGGGUCGUUUGAGUAUGAAUAUGGUUACGGCGAUGUUAAUAUUAGUAAUUACAUCAGCAACGGUGAAUACGUGGCGAUAGAUGGAUUGUUUGAUCAUACAGAUCUAGGUUUUGGUUCGUCGGAUCUGUCAUGGCGGCCGGAAACUUUGCCGGCUCAGUGACAGGAGCUGAUUACUCCUUUAGAUUAUUGUAAAGUUCUUUUAUUUAUUUUUAAUUUUAAACAAAAAUGGAUGUCAAAAAAUAUAUACACAUAGGUUUACCGAUGCCUUAUGAAAGCAUAUCAUACCUCAUAUUUCGAUUGUUUGACGCAUACUGUUGCUUUGGAUACUUGUGGGGGGAAAUAUUAAUUUAGCAUCUCUCUUGAAUUAUUUUCCUAACUAUAAAUUAAAUUAAUGAAAAUAUAACGUGUUUUGAAUC